AUGGGGCAGAUAGCCCAUGGGAAGGGCGAUCUCCCUAGCGGAGUUGGGGGGAAAUGCAGGGUCGCGCCAACUGCUUUUGGCGGGUGGAAGCUGGUUGACCCUUCCUUGAAACCCUGGGGUGGUGGGAGCACGUUCGGAAGCCUUGCAGCAUUGUGUGGGCCAUUUGCCCACUCACAGGGGUUUGAUUUCGGGAUCGCUCGCGCCAGAGAUUCUACUUGCGCUCAGGUCAGCACUUUGUCUGCUUCCAUCAGCAGAGCCGCCGUCGCACUCGAGCGAGACUCUGGGAGACGGACCGCGCAGUUACUCGACUCUGGUGUGAAUACGGAGCUUGCUGACGUCAGCGGCGAUGCCGUCGUGCUGGGGACGCGGAAGCAGCGCGGUCUGGACGCUGUUCGGAGACAGAGCUCCGAGGCGGUCCGGAGACAGACCCCGGAGUUGGAAGACCAGAAAAUGGGGAGGGGCAAGCAGCUUGGGGCGCCGGGCUUGACUGCAUAUCGGGGGGUCAGGGAAGCCCCUCACGAAGCGAGGCGGGCGAACAAUCUGUCCCGCAGGAUACAAGGGGUGGAUCAGUUACAGGGUCGGGGAGGGGUCGAUGGGGGGGCUUCGUUGUCGUCGAGACAAAACGGUGUGUCUGACACCCAGGCAAGUGGCGGUCAAAAUGCGCGUUCCGCUUCGCCCCCGAGUGCCGAAUUGUCCCGGGGAGAAUUUGAGCAACUUACCAAUGAUGCAGACCGGAGGGCAAGGUCCUUGGACACGGGGUCGACUUCCGGCAGGGGGGCAGCUUCACCCUCGAGCGGAGGCGGUGUUUCACCCCCCCAGAAGGAGAGGAGCGCUCAGGGUCGCUUUUGGCACGAGCCAAGCUUACUGAUGCAAGCUGACGUCAGCAACGGAGCUUCUGAUGUCGGCAGAGGGGCGCGCACCGUCAUCAGCAGGAGUGGGGCGGCUGAUGUAAGCAAUGGGGCCGCACACGGUAGCAUAAGGGCCGCAUAUGUCAGCAAUGGGGCUGCUGACAUGAGCAAUGGGGCCGCACACGGAAGCAACGGGGCCGCGUAUGUAAGCAACGGGGCUGCUGAUGACAGGGGAGGGCCUUCUGGGCUCAAUGGGUUGGCCAGAUCCGGAGCUGUGGUUGCAACGCAGGCGUCAAGCAGGGGCUUGGCGCUUGCCGCAAGACCCAAGGAUUUGGAGCCAGCUUUUGCUUAUGUCGGAAACGGAGCCCCGAACGCUGCCAUUACAGUGCAUAACGGGGCCGCAUUCUCAGAACUCCUUCCCUCAGCUGGAUCAGCGCAACCUAGCCAAAGUUGGAAGGCUGCGGCUGACCACACUGCUCCGGUUGAAAUGAAACAUCAGGGGGCGGGGUUGGACAGACAAACGCCGAGCGAAGGGCGUAUCUCCUCAUUCGGACUUAAUGGAGCGGAGGCUGGCAAACUCCAGACAUCGUCACGGGUAUUGGCAGUGCGGGGCAGGGGAGGGGAUAUUGAGCAACACGUGGAGGAUUCCCCUGCGUCGGUGGGGGUAAUCAGAGAUAAACCGGUAGCUUCCGUAGGGAAAGAGUACCCGAAGAGCUUGUUCCAGAGAUCGGCCCUUGGGACGGCGCUGAGAGGGGGGGGAGAAAAGAAGGGAGGAGUCGUGAGGGGCAAGGCAGAAGAAAAUGCCUCACAAGCUAACGGGAUGAACGGCGGAGGGCAGCUCAAGAUGAGCUCUCGUGGCGAGAAGCCAAUGGGGGCAGCAAGUUCUGGCGCAAACAGUCGGUCAAUCCCCGCAGGAACCCAGCCCGCAAACCUGAGUGUAUAUCCACCCCCAAACGGAACCCAGCUAGACUUUGCUGUCCCCCAGUUCGCAACUCCAGGCUCAACUCCUUUUCAAAGCGCAACUCUGGUCAAACCCGACUCCCCAAGUAUCGAACCGGUUACCAUGGCCAGGCCCCAAACUUCAACGUCGUCUGUAAGUACACUCCAAACCGAGGCCCCGAACCCCCAAGUUAUGGAUGCCCCCGCUAAAGAUGCGGCAGCCCCAAAAACGCGGAAGAUCCCCGAAAUGAAGAUGAGAAAGGCCAAACCCAAAACGCUCAACCCGCGCAAGUCAGCAAAGCAAACCCAAGCGUCUUCGAUGGAGUCCGCACCAACCAAGCCCGCAAACGGGGGGGUUCCGCAGGCCUGUUCCGCACCCCCCUCCACAGAGAAAAUCACACUCGAAGCUGUGGUCCGGAGAAUCGUUUACGAAAACCAGGACAACGGUUACGUGAUCGCCCGGGUUAAACCGGUGGGGGACGUCUCAAAUUUAGGGGCGCAUGUACCGGGCACUCAAAAGCGGGGGUGGGGGGGUAAAACUAAGGCGGGAAAGGAGGGGGAGGAUCUGUUGACGGUGGUUGGAACGCUACCCAAGAUCGCGGAAGGCCAGCCGUUGAGGCUGACUGGAAAUUGGCGGGACAACGCCAAGUUUGGGCGGGAGUUCGUGGCGGCCGGGUGCGAGGAGAUGGAGGUGUCGAGCCUCCCCGAUCUAGUUACGUACCUGGGGGGAGGGUCGUUGCCCAAGGUGGGCCCGGUCCGGGCUGCCGCUAUUGUGGGCAUUUACGGCGACCAGUCACUCAAGAUGCUCGACAGCAGUGACGCCGUAAAGAAGCUUCAGCAGGUCCCUGGCAUCGGACGGUCGACAGCGUCCGAAAUCAAGGCCGCCUGGGAGGAGCGGCGGGGCGUCCGCAAGACGAUGGACUUUCUGCAGCUACACGGGGUGCCCGCAUCGGCAGCGCAGCGCAUCGUACGCCGUCAUGGGGACAAGACGGAAACCCUCGUUCGCGACGACCCCUGGGAGGCAACCGCGGGAGUGCACGGCUUCGGUUUCGACAAGGCCGACGCGCUCGCGCGCAGCAUGGGCACGUGUCCGUCUCUCACUGGCCGCCUCACCUCCGCCAUCCGUUCCGUUCUCACGUCCGUCUGCGGAAGCGACGGACACACCUACCUGCCGUGGAGGGAGGUUAGGGCGCAAACCGCGGAGCUGUUAGCGCAAACCGGGGGGUUAAGCGAGGAGGAACGGGAGAAGGGGUGGGGGGUCGAGCCGGAUAGGGAGGCGUUCGAGCAGGGGUUGAGGGUUUUGGUGCGGAGAGCGAAGCUCGUCGUGGAGGGAAAUGGGGGGACUAACGACGAGGAAAGACUGGCGGGCUGGAUUGGCGACGCCGCCCGGUGCUAUUUGCCGGUGUUGCAUACGGCUGAGGUGUCGCUCGCCGAGAACGUCAAGACGCGGCUGACCCACCGCCCCAACCCCUCGGAUUCCGCCGGUCAGUGGUCGGUCGAGAGCCAAAACGGGGCUCCUGACGAGCUUUCAGCGCAACAGAGAGAGGCUGUCGAAAUGGCCAUGACGGCGCCGAUGCUCAUCCUGACGGGGGGUCCCGGGACGGGCAAAACGUACACCCUCAGAACGAUCGUGGCGCUCUGGAAGAGCAUGGGCAAGACCGUGCAGUGCUGCGCGCCUACGGGACGGGCGGCCCAGCGCCUGGCGGAAUCCGUCGGAAUGGACGCCAAAACGAUCCACCGGCUGCUCGAGUACAAGCCCGGGGAGGCGUUUUGGGGCAAAAACGGCGACGCAGCUGAGGAGGCUGACGUCACCGACCUCCCCAGAAACUUCUUCGCGAGGGACGCGCGGAAUCCGUUGGAGUGCGACGCCUUGGUCGUGGACGAGGCCUCCAUGCUCGACCUUCCGCUGGCCGACGCCCUCUUCUACGCAGUUCCGCCCAACACGCCGAUUCUGUUAGUGGGGGAUAUUGAUCAGCUGCCGCCGGUGGGGCCGGGCCACGUGCUGAGGGACCUGAUCAACUCCAACCGGGUGCCCGUCUUCCGGCUAACCGAGGUUUUCCGGCAGGCCCAACAGUCGGCCAUCGUCACAAACGCCCACGCCAUCAACCAGGGCCGUUUCCCUAACCUCGAGCUAACCCAAGCGAAACCCGCUCCCAGACCCCCGCAAGCCAGGCCCAAAAGCGCAUCCGCUGGCAGCACUUCGCCGAGUGCUGCGUCCGGGGGGCAACUACCGGGCGGAUUCUCGGGGGCGGAAAGUGCCCGGGGGAUUCAACCGGGCAGUCACGCCGCGCUGCUGGAGAGCAGCGAGCGCGACGGCGUCAUCGCGCUCCGAUCGGCUAUCGUCGAGAGCGACUGCUUAUGGGUGAACGUGCCCGAGUAUAAGGUGGCCGCCGCUCUGCAAGAAGUCAUCUCUCCCGGGGGGCUGCUGUCCCAGCUGCAAAUAGACCCCCGGAAAGACGUCCAGGUGCUGAGCCCGAUCAAGAAGGGGGGCGCAGGCACGUCGGCGCUGAAUACCGCGAUCCAGGGUUUGAUUAACGCGCCGAGCGCGGUUAAGGGGGAGGUUGAGUAUCGACAGGUUGUGUUCCGGAAGGGCGACCGGGUGAUUCAAACGUCGAACGAUUACGAGAGGGCGGUGUUCAACGGGGACCUAGGGACGGUCUGCCACGUGGACCCGCGGGAAAAGCGGGUUACUGUACGGUUCCAUAACCGGGCGGCUGGCAGCGAGGCGGAGGUCGUAUACAGCCCGCAGAUGAGCGGUGUGCUGGCGUGCCUGGAGGACCUCUCCCUGGCGUGGGCGGUGACUGUGCACAAAUCGCAGGGCAGCGAGUACCCGGUAGUGCUUCUACCGGUCUCCAAAUGGCACCAAAAGCUGCUCAGUCGGAAGCUGAUCUACACGGGUUUGACGAGAGCCCGGAAGCUUGUCGUCGUAAUAGGGCCUAGGGGGCCGAUCGAAACUGCGGUGGCGACGAUAACGGACGACGACCGGUAUACGUACCUGAAACAACGUCUCGAAAGCUUAUAGAAAUGCUUAGACGUAGAGGAUCCUGAACUUCCAUAUGGAGCUCUGUGUAUGUGAUCAGGAAUAUAUGCUUGUUCCGAGGGGAAUAGUUCAAGCGCGGAUAAUGGUAGAGCUACCAGAACAUACGUUUCUAGUUGUUUACGAGCGGUUACUCCAGAUUGAGUAAACCUGGAGUUCGAUGUAACCCGACCUGAAGUUGUUGCGUCACACUACAGUGCACUCAGGGGUG